AUGGGUCACAAGUCCAGGUCUCUUUACCGAACAAACGAUUGCUCCCCAUUACCUCUUCCCGCCUCCCCGUUUCCCCUUCCCGCCUCCCCAAUUCCCCUUCCCGACACCCCAUUUCCUCUUCCCGCUCCCCACUACCCCUUCGCGCCUCCUCGUUUCCCCUUCCCGCUCCCCAUUACCCCUUCCUGCCUCUGCAAUUCCCCUUCCCGCCACCCCAUUUCCUCUUCUCGCUCCCCAUUAUCCCUUCCCGCCUCCUCGUUUCCCCUUCCCGCUCCCCAUUACCCUUUCCCGCCUCCCCAAUUCCCCUUCCCGCUCCCCAUUACCCCUUCCCGCCUCCCCAAUUCCCCUUCCCGCUCCCCAUUACCCCUUCUCGCCUCCCCAAUUCCCCUUCCCGCUCCCCACUACCCCUUCCCUCCUCCCCGUGACCCCUUCCCGCUUCCCCAUUACCCCUUCCCACUCCCCAUUUCCCCUUCCCGCCUCCCCAAUUCCCCUUCCCGCCUCCCCGCUUCCCCUUCCCACUCCCGAUUAUCCCUUCUCGCCUCCCUUCUCAAACUGCCGAACACACAUCACAGUCGCCGCCCGAUCGCACAGCCUCGCUACCACCCCCUCAUCCCCCCCUUUCUCCCUCUCAUCUCCCCCCCUGCUCCCUGUCAUGUCCCCACCUUCUCUCUCUCAUGUCACCCCCUUCUCCCGCUCAUUCCCCCCCAUUCUCCCUCUCAUUUCUUCCCCUUCCCCCUCUUAUAUCUCCCCCUACUCCCUCUCAUUCCCCCCAUGAAGCCCCUCAUUCCCCCCCUUUCUCCCUCUCAUCCUCCCCCCUGCUCACUGUUAUGUCCCCCCUUCUCUCGCUCAUUUAAAUGCCACAUAACCUCCCUCUCAUUUCCCCGCAUUCCCCCCCCCUUCCCCCUCUCGUUUCCCCCCAUCUCCCUCUCCUUUCCCCACGUGCUCCUUCUCAUUCCCCCCCCCUUCUCCAUCUCGUUUCCCCCCCGCUCAUUUCCCCCCAUCUCCUUUCAUUUUCCCCCCUUCUCCCUCUCAUAUGCUUCUAACCCCUACCGUACCCUUGGAUGA